AUGGAUGGAAUCGAGCAUAAAAUGGUGAGCGUGAAUGGCAUCACAAUGCACAUUGCUGAGAAAGGUCCCAAAGAAGGAGCCUUGGUGCUUCUCCUCCACGGAUUCCCUGAUCUCUGGUACACGUGGCGUCACCAGAUCACUGCGUUAUCAUCUCUAGGUUACCGAGCCGUAGCUCCAGACCUCCGAGGCUACGGAGACUCAGAGUCGCCAGAGUCUUUCACCGAGUACACGUGUCUUAACGUCGUUGGUGACCUCGUGGCUCUUCUUGACAGUGUUGCUGGAAAUCAAGAGAAGGUGUUUCUGGUGGGUCAUGAUUGGGGAGCUAUUGUCGGAUGGUAUCUCUGUUUGUUUCGACCAGAGAAGAUCAAGGGUUUUGUGUGUUUGAGUGUGCCGUAUAGGCCAAGAAACCCUAAUGUCAAGCCUGUCGAAGGGUUUAAGGCUGUGUUUGGAGAUGAUUACUACAUUUGUAGAUUUCAGGAGCCUGGGAAGAUUGAAAGAGAGAUUGCAUGUGCAGAUCCAAGAAGGUUUCUGAGGAACAUAUUCACAGGGAGGGAACCUGGCCCACCUAUUCUACCUAAGGAUAACCCCUUUGGAGCAAACCCUAACCCUAGCUGCGAACAAGCUGAAUUGCCUGAAUGGUUUUCAGAGGAGGAUCUUGAUUUCUAUGUCUCCAAAUUCAAGAAGACAGGAUUUACCGGUGGACUGAACUACUACAGAGCCAUGGAUCUGACAUGGGAACUCACUGCACCAUGGACAGGGGCCAAGAUUCAAGUUCCGGUGAAGUUCGUGACCGGUGAUUUGGACAUGGUUUACACCACGCCGGGGGUUAAAGAGUACAUUCACGGUGGUGGAUUUGCUGCAGAUGUUCCGAAUCUUCUAGAGGUAGUUGUGAUUGAAGAUGCUGGUCACUUUGUCAACCAAGAGAAACCUCGAGAGGUCACUUCUCACAUCAAUGACUUCUUUACCAAGCUUCAGGACAACUACAAAAGCUUUUAG